AUUUCUAAUAACUUAAACAAAGGAAUAUCAAAGCUCCGUCCUGUCCUCUGACAGUGCAAGAUGUUGAUGACGUAAAUCGGUUCAAAUCUUCUACGUAAAGAGCAUAUAAUAGUUUUGACGAGCAGGCGUUAAUUGUCACUACUGUACCUGUUUCUACUGCAUUCCACUUUCUUAAACAUAAACAAUUGUUCUCAUUACACUUUUGUACACAUCAGAAAUUGCAGCCAUAAAGUUUAAGUUCUAACAAAAUUUCCAAACAACAAGAUGACGUCGUUGUCUCCGAACAAAACCAAGAAGAUGAAGAGGCUGAGAGAAAUCUUCUUGGUCUCUGCCGCCACUUUGGUCGAUUUUGGAUGGAGUUUGAAGUCAAGUUUUUUCGGCAGUGCUCCUGAUUCAGGACUACGUAGAACGGCUCAGGGAAGACCUGUCGUGCAAGGACGAGGACCACAAGGGCAAGGACAGGGAUGGGGUGGGUGGAGCGGACAACCCGACCCCCGGCUCCAAAGUUCUGCUCCUUCUCCUGCCUUCGUCGCUGCGGCACCUCCGCAGAGAAAUAUGUUGGCGCAGACCACUGGUGCACCUUCUGCUCGUGGUGCAGCAUCACAAGAUUCUUCCUCUCCUUCUUCUACUGGUCGUUCGUCUGCUUCGGACGCUGAAGGAGCAUGUUGUCAGCCUUUGUGCGAGGCAACACAGUGC